AUGUCAAAUAAUGAAGGAAUCAAUGAGUGUGAUCAAUAACAUCCCAUUGACUACUACAAGGAAUCAAUUAGAUUGUACUAUUAUAAUAUAGUUCUUCAUUAACAUGUUGAAUAAGUCACUCAAGAGCGAAAUGAGAUUAAGCAAAAAUUAUUGAAAUUUCAGGCUCUGGAGGAUCAAGAAAGCGAAUUGUCAAUGGAGGACAAAAGAAAAAGAAAUAGGAGAUCAGCAAUUGAGAUUCCAAGAAGCCAUGUUUGUUAAAUAAAAAAUUGCAAUAAAUCUUAUGGUUCUGAAGGAUCAUUAAUGUAACAUAUGAAAAUUAAGCAUGGGAUUACACAACAUUUGGACAAAAUCGGGUAGAUUUCAGAUCAAUUUAAAAGCAACGAAUGAAUGAAGAUGAUCUCUACUCUAUAUUAUAAUCCUGUAUGUUAUUACAUAUA